AAUCAGAAGACCGCCAAGGAGGUUGUUAGAAUCGAACAACUCAUCAGCUCCGCUCUCAGAGAUGCCCAUGUCGCCAGAGACAAAGGUUCUUACACCGUCUCUCAUGAUGCCAUUCGUGCGAUCAAUGCCACCUCUUACGUUGGAGCUCUCACAUUGAUCAAAUCUCUACCCCUCGAUUCAUGUCGUAUCUCCGAUUUCGACUCCUUUCCCCCUCUGCUGUUUCUUUCCAAGAACGACAACCCUAAGAUUCGUUCUGAGGCGAAAUCUGUGUUCACCCGUCUGAGAAACAUCAUGUCUGGUAUUCAUAGAGAUCAUGUUUCUUCUUCUUCGUUAGAAGAACAGAUUAGCUGA